UGUCCUGUACUAUCAUAGCACCAUGAGACGCUCGACGCGGAUCGAGUCCUCUAGAGGCGUGCCUUCGCGUCUCGAAAGCGCUACUGCCGACGAGAAGCCCGACACGUCACUCGAACCCGAGCCAUCUUCGGUGGUUAAUGCGCCACCACACAAGCGUCAGAAGACAAUGGUGAAGUGCGAGGAGACAUACCAUGCGAACGAUAGCGUCUUCUCUCUCCAGCAACUGCCCUUAGAUAUACUAUUUGAGAUAUUCAACCUGCUCGACCCCAUCUCUCUUUUCCAUCUAUCGCGAGCGUCCAAGGCCCUGCGGAGCACCCUUAUUGGUCGCUCGUUGGUUUUGUUGUGGAAGAAGAGCUAUGCUGGAGCGGACUUACCACCAGUCCCGAACGACCUCAACAUACCCCAAUUUCUCGGCCUUGUCGUUGACGACGAAUGCGAUUUCUGCCACACCUCUCCCGCGGACGGUAAUGUCUAUCGAGUGUGGGAAGCUCGCAAGCGUUGCUGUCGGAAUUGCCAGUUCGACAGCGCGCACAUCGUCCGACCACGAGAUAUGCACGAGAUCAAGGUCGUGCGGGACGUUCAGCGCUAUUUCGGUCGUGACUACGCACUCGAAUCGCUCUUCCCCAACUUUUCCCCAAAUGCUUGGGAACCUGAAUUCAGAGUAUUCGUCCGCGAGGAGAUCGAGAGCUUUGCCGCGGAGUACGAGGCAGAGAACCGGCGCAAAUUGGUGAAGGACAAGAAGAUUUGGCUGGAACGUAAGGUGUCCGAGCGCAAGCAGGUUAGGAAGCAUGCUAGUAUCUGCGAAGAGUGGGUGAAGGAGCAGGAGCGCAAGAGGAAAGCAGAUGAGCUUAGAAUAAGGGAGGAGAGGCGUGAGGCGAUUCUGGAACGAUUGAAAGAGCUCGGAUGGUUCGAGGAGGCGAACCACUGGGAAAGCGAAAGGUCGUUCAAGGCGCACGCUUUUGUGGCGAAGGCGGAACCCCUUACGGAUGAGGACUGGAACGAAAAUCGCGCCGAGUUGAUACGCUUCGUCGAGAAACUUAAGGAGAAGCGGCUAGCCGAAGACAGGCGCAGGACCCUCCACAAACGCUACACCUCCCUCGCCCAAGUUCACAAGGUUUUCCUGAAAGAGCAACUACGCCGCAGCCUCGACCUCUUGCCCAGCAUCGGCGACCUGGUCACCUUCGACGAGGUCACGCGCCUCAUCGAGGGUACGCCCAUAAAGCAGGACCUUCCCUGGCAGGAUAUGCGCGCACUGAUCGACGAGCUCGCCGAGACGCGCUUCCCAGAGUGGCGCACCGUGCGCGAGGACGAGCUGGUGGGGCUCAUCAACGCGGCGGACACGGAGCGCGCGCGGCCCGCCACGCGCGCCGACCUCAAGCUCGCAGCCACGGUGUUCAAGAGGGACUAUGCGCGCCUGUGGUACCCGGAGGUCGUGAUUCGGCGCGACCAGGUGCGCGAGAUGGGGGACGAGCCGCAGCUCGUGGUACGCCAGCGCGCGUGGGCGGUGGGGCAGGUGAGCGUGCGCGUUCCGCUGCUGCGGCUCGCGGAGAGGCUGGUCGAGCUGGCGGGGCUGGAUCCGCAGGUGGCAACACCAGCGGAUAUGGAUAGGCGGGAUGCAUGGUAUGCGCGCGCGAGGGAUAUGCCGCAGAGGAAGGAGGGCAUUCGGGCGAUGAUGUGGCGGGUGGCGGUAGGAGAAGGGAAGGAUGCAGACGAGUUCGUGCUGCUUUCGGAGAAAGAUACGGCCUUCGCGCGUGAGAUGCGAGGAGACCGACGAAUGCGCAAUUUUUGGGGCCACGUCGAGCUUCCUGGACUGACGAAGAAGGGCGAGUUCAAGAAGCGGGGAAUUCGAUAUUGGUGAUGGACUGGAGUAGAUUUUGAGGAAAUUGCGGUGUAGCGUACGUUGUGAAGUUUUUGUAGCGCAGUCCGACGCAGCGCCGAGUGAAGCCGUGGAUCCAUUGUCGUAAAUGGUAAAUCGUGGCAUCACAAUAACCUGGUGGAAUGGAAUCCUUCUAGGACGGGUCU